AUGAACCAACAAGGCUCUUCCUCAUCUACCCGGCCUGUACCACGACCUUCCCUUUCACAUCGACGAUUGUCGAGGCGGUUUUCUACCCUUUCUGGCCUCGAGACUGGCAACAACAAUAAAGCUCAAAGCCGUGAGGAUGCUACCGUAACAGAAGAGCUCGCGCAGCUCAAGAAAUAUGAGGACUUUACAACUAUAGAUUGGGUACAGGAUGCAGCCAGAGAGCAGAUCAGAAGAAGGACAAGGAGGAAAGACGCUGCCUCUUUCUUUCAGCGCGAUGGCACUUGGGGUUGGCGCCGAAAGGUAUGGGAGUCUUACGAUGCUGCACAGGCCUGGGUCGUGGUCACUCUCGUUGCAAUUGUAAUUGGCUUGAUCGCCGCCGCCCUCAAUAUCAUCACCGAAUACCUCUCAGAUCUGAAGAUGGGAUACUGUACAACUGCUUGGUACCUGAACGAAGGUUUCUGCUGUUACGGUGCUGAGAACGGUUGUGACGAGUGGAAGAGGUGGACGUCGUUUGGCUUUGCCAACUACCUCAUCUACACCGGCAUAGCUAUCUGUCUAGCUGCAACUGCGUCCUUUCUGGUCAAAGGCUAUGCUCCUUACGCUGCUGGAUCUGGUAUCUCCGAGAUCAAAUGCAUCAUAGGUGGCUUCGUUAUGAAAGGCUUCCUCGGUUUCUGGACCUUGCUGAUCAAGUCGAUCUGCCUUCCACUGGCCAUCGCGUCAGGGCUCUCCGUCGGAAAGGAGGGUCCAAGUGUACACUAUGCCACCUGUGUGGGCAACGUCAUUUCAAGAUUCUUCGACAAGUACAAACAGAGUGCCUCGAAGACUCGUGAAAUACUGACCGCUAGUUCCGGUACUGGUGUUGCGGUUGCCUUCGGCAGUCCGAUCGGAGGUGUACUUUUCUCCUUGGAAGAAAUGUCAAGCCACUUCCCUCUCAAGACUCUUUGGAGAAGCUACUUCUGCGCCUUGGUGGCUACAGCUGUUCUCGCAGCUAUGAACCCCUUUCGCACAGGACAGCUAGUCAUGUUCUCCGUGAAAUAUGACCGCGAUUGGCACUUCUUUGAGGUCAUCUUCUACAUCGUACUUGGCAUCUUCGGCGGGGUCUACGGUGCCGUGAUGAUCAAAGGUCACCUCGCGGUACAGUCGUUCAGGAAGAAAUACCUUGCCAAGUAUGCGAUACCUGAAGCUAUGGUUCUUGCAGGUGUCACAGCACUGCUUUGCUAUCCAAACAUGUUCUUACGAGUUGACAUGACUGAGAUGAUGGAGAUGCUUUUCCGAGAAUGUGAGGGCGACUACGAUUACCAUGGUUUGUGCGAGGCAGAGAAUCGUUGGUCCAAUGUGCUCUCCUUGCUUACCGCAACUGUCUUGCGUUCAUGCUUGGUGGCACUCUCUUACGGCGCCAAAGUCCCUGCUGGUAUCUUUGUUCCUUCCAUGGCAAUUGGCGCAUCGUUCGGUCGUAUGAUUGGUAUUCUGGUCGAAUGGCUGCAUUCUUCGUUUCCCAACUCUAACUUUUUCUCGGCUUGUGAGCCAGAUGUUCCAUGCAUUACGCCAGGUACCUACGCUUUCCUCGGCGCUGGAGCUGCAUUGAGUGGAAUUAUGCACCUUACCAUCUCCGUCACUGUUAUCAUGUUUGAGCUCACUGGAGCUCUGACAUACAUUCUCCCUUCCAUGAUUGUUAUUGGCGUCACGAAAGCGGUUGGUGACAGACUCAGCAAAGCUGGUAUCGCAGAUGUGAUGAUUCAAUUCAAUGGCUAUCCAUUUCUUGACAACAAAGAGGAACACAACUUUGGUGUACCUGCAUCCCAGGUCAUGACCAGCAGUACGACUUCGUUGCCUGCUUCCGGUCUGGAGGUAAAAGCUGCACAGAAGUUGCUCGACGACACCAAUUAUUCAGGGUUUCCGAUUGUCGAAGACGUUGAGUCCAAAAUUCUUGUUGGCUAUAUCGGACGUGCAGAGCUACAGUACGCACUAGACAAAGCGCGAAAGCAAGGCAUGUUGGCACCUGAUUCCAAGUGCUCGUUUGUGCGAUCGUCGGUCGACGACACGGAAUCACCUGUAUCGGCUCGCGAUCGAACCGCAUUUAAUGGUAUAGCACGACAGAAUAUUGAUCUCACCUCUUACGUGGACAACGCACCUAUCACUGUGCACCCACGACUGCCCCUCGAGACGACUAUGGAGCUCUUUAUGAAGAUGGGCCCACGCAUCAUCCUUGUAGAGCAUCAUGGAAGACUGGAAGGGCUAAUUACUGUGAAAGAUUGUCUUAGAUAUCAAGUCCGAGUCGAGGCUCUCGAACAUGGUGGCCACAAUGCUACUUCUCCUUCAGUGGCUUCAACAGAGCAAAGGCAAGAAGUCAUCUGGAAUACUCUGCGAGGUAUCGGGCAGUGGUUUGCUGAUGGACUGAACAACCUGUCGCGAGGACGGCUCAAGUUAUCACCUCAAAGCACGAGCGCCACGAACAGUGUAUGGUCCAGGUUACCCAAUAGUGAACCUGAUCCUGUACACGAUUACGAAUACGAGAACGAGAUACUUGGUGGCACUGAAGAGCUCGUACCCCACGAAAACAGAGAUGGUGUUGAGAUGGAUGUUAGAUAG